UCCUUAGUCAAGCUGGAGUAAAUAGCAGAAAUCAAAGAGUUAGGAUCAUGUUUGCCAAACAUUGACUUGCAAUUUGAGGCCGACUUGAGUUGGACCUAACUCAAGCUAGGUGCACUCAGAAAACGCGUUUCUAGAAAUUCAACAUGGAUUUGCAAGCGUACUCAUGGGCUUGCGGCAGCAGCAUCCGUGCGAUUUCAGAGCCGGCUGAGCCGGCUGGGGCAACUGAAGAGUCAAGCGAAAUCAGGCCCAACACUGGGCAUCAAGUACAUGGCUUGCUGAGCGUGUGGGCAACGGCUGUUCAUGUGGCAGCUGCUGAAGGAGAUGUCGAAGACAUUGAGACUGAACUGGGCCCAGCAGUUGGCAUUCCUGUAGGGGAGCCGGCAAUACCUAGCAUUUCUGAGGCCAGUGAUGAAGAAAAUCAACUGGUGGAAGAACAAGACGUACAUGAAGCAAUUGGUGAGGAGAAGGAUGUAAAAUGUGGCAGAUCACCGCUGCAAGAGCUGCCACUAGAUGCAGAACCAGGUCAGAAUCCCUGUCCAGCAGUGUCUGUGGUUGACUCAAAGGAACUAGUGAAGGAGACAACAAGUGACAAGGAUGUUGGCUUCUUAGCCUUGCUUUCUGCAUGGUCAGAUGACAGGCCUGCUUCGAGAUUGCUGGAAGAAGCACGGUCAAUGCCCACCAUACCUUCAACAGCUGUACCCACCAGAGUGUUGGGAACUCGUGAUGGCCGAGCUCCUAGCAAGGACUUUCUGAAAAGCUUGCGGUCAAGAUUUGCCAAGAGCAGAGCGCCCAGCCCACCACCCGAAUCCAAGAGGUGGACCACGCAAGACUUCUAUCUCUAUUUUGGCACCGAUGGGGCUCUGAAGCCCCGAUCAGAACUGCGGCCAGUCACGGAGGAGGAUAUCGCCAAGGAGAUGCAGCACACAAGCCGUGCCAGCCCUUUGCUAGCAGAGCUCCGCAUGCAGCUUGCUGCAGACAAGGUGGUCAAAGCACCAUCCACCUAUAGCUCGUUCCAGAGACACCUUCUCACCAUCGGCGAGCUUUGUCAACUACCUGUGGCCGAGGUCUUGCCGGUGCCCCGCGUGCGACGUGCGGACGAUCUGAAAGCACCCAUUUGUGUUGAGAAGCAGCGCGGGUGGAAGAUGAGGAGCUGGGGCAUGGCAUUUUGGAGCUAUGAGUGUGGCGAGGCCGCUUGCGAUUGCUUCAGGCAGUACCCACCAAGCACCUCAAGUUCGGAUCCUUGCCAGCUUCCAGUGCGUGCAAGAGUAGAUGAAUUGGGCAAGUACAUCAACAUUCUGCAAGAUAUGGACCCGCAAUGCUCUGAGGACCAUUACCUUGCAUACCCACGAUACUUGGCCAGUUGGCAUCCUUUCGAGUCCAUUCCGAAGGCCCGGCGCCUUUUUGAGCAGGACCUGAAUGCUCGAAGAAAGCUCUGGAAUCCACCUGGGCUCAAGGAUCAUUCUGCAAAAUGGUUCGAUCAUUGCUGCCUGGCCGUUGGGCUCAAUACGGUUCCGGAGCUGGCGCAGCAGGAUUCGCUUCAGUUCGGCCCGCCUGGCAUGUUGACAAGACUCCACGUGGAGAAUUGCUCAGCGCAUGUGUGGCAUGCCCAGAUCCAAGGGCGUCGGAUGUUCGUGAUGUUUCCACCGCAGGACUCCGAGAGACUGUAUGGACACCGCACGGAGGCUUCCGCAUCAGGGAGAGACAUGCGGGAAUGGAUAAGUGCAGUGGACAUUUUUUCUCCUGCCCAGAAGCACAGCAGAUUCGCAGAAUGUCGUGCUCACGUCGUCAUGCUGGAGCCAGGUGAGACCGUCAUCGUGCCAGCAGGGUGGUGGCAAUGCAGUCUUUCGCUAGAGCCCUUCACCACCAUGUCGAGACGCUUCUGGAAUAGGUCCAAUCGCCUGGGGAUGUGCGAUGAGAUUGCUCGCUUGUCCGACUGCCGGGAGCCAGGACCUAGACAAAGGAUGCGAUUGGAUUCGCAACUACCUCUUCUCAGAGAACAAAUCCAAGAGGACGACUUAUCUUCUGGAGGGGAUUAAAU